AUGCUGCAAGCCAAGGGCACAGGUGUUUUUGCGAUCCUCGACGAGGAAUGCGUGGUGCCACAGGGCUCCGACCAGGGAUUCACCAACAAGCUCAUCAAGCAACACAAAGGCCACAGGCGCUUUGACGAGAUCAAGACGAAACCCUCAUGGUUUGUGAUCAAACAUUUUGCCGGUCCCGUGAGCUACUGUUCGGAUGGUUUUCUGGACAAGAACAAGGAUCAGCUGAGCAAUGACCUAAUAGAGUGUAUGGGGUCCAGCACCAAUGACUUCAUCGUGAAGCUCUUUAGAAAGGAUGUGAAAUAUGGCGAGGUUCUGAACAAGGAGGAGCCCGAGGGUGUGGCUGGCAAGAAAAAGAAGAAAUAUACCGUCUCCUCUGAGUUCAAGGAUCAGCUGGCCUCGCUCAUGGAUAUCGUGGACCUAACUGAACCCCACUUCGUGCGUUGCAUUAAACCCAAUCCACAAAACGAGCCGGACCGCUACGAUCGAAAAGCUGUGACCGAGCAGCUCAGGUACGGAGGUGUGCUCCAGGUGGUGCAGGUCAGCCGCGCAGGCUAUCCGGUGCGGAUCAACCACCAAGAGUGUUGGGACGACUUCAAGGUCAUUGCUUCUCCACAGAUCGUUUCAGGUUUGAAGCAUGUGGACGACUCGAAGCUGCGAGCCUCAAAGCUCUUGGAGCAUUUGGCUGCAGAGCUCAAUGUGCCCAAGCCACUACAUGGCCUCCCCAUGGCGGUGGGGAAGACACUGGUUUUCUUUAAGCUUCCCGCUUUUGAGCGGCUGAAGUUUGCCCGCUUGGAGCUGCUCGUGAAGUCUGCCACGCAGAUCCAGGCUGCCUGGCGCCGUCGUGUGCAGAUGGGCAAGUACAAGGCAAUUUGUCUCUUCACUCGACACAUCCAAGCCUUGUUGCGUGGCAAGCAAGCGCGCAGUGACUUGAUGCGGCGGAAGCAGGAAGGCGCAGCAGUGAAGAUUCAAAGCCUUGGACGGCAAUACGUGGAGCGACGAAGAUACAAGGCUCUGCUGAAGAAGGUUGUCAGAAUCCAGGCUUGGCGAAAAGGCAUCCGAGGCCGGCGCUAUGCCAAGGAGUACAAGAAGGUCACCUCUGCGACGCGCAUCCAACGGAACUGGAAGCGUUGGAAGGUGCAGCGAGUCUACAAACUCUUCCGCCAAGCUGUCUACGCGGCGCAGGAACGCCUACGUGUGCAUGCAGCAAAGACACAGAUGAAGAAGUUAAAGCAGGAGGCGAAAGAGGUUGGAGCGCUGAUGGCCAAGAGCCAGAAGGCUCAGGAGCAAGCGACGAACCUGAGGAAGAGGAACGAUGAGCUGGAAGCUGUCCAGCUGCAGCUGCAGUCCGAGAAGAAAAGCCUUCAGACCAGGGUCAGGGAGCUGGAGGAUGCCCUUGAAAAGAUGAAAUCCCAGAUGGAUGAGGUGCGCGCGCAGGCGGAGGAGGCGGCCAAGUUGGCUGCGGAGAACUCCAAGAUGGUUGUCGAGACUGAGAGCCUCAAGAAGCUGGAGGAAGCGCUUGAGGACAAGAACACCCAAAUUUCUCAGGUGAAGGAAGAGCUGACAUCCAUGAAAGAGGCGUCUGCCAAGCAGCAGGAUCAAUUGCAGGAUGCCGAAAGCCGGUAUCAACAGCUUCUUAAAAGCACGGCAAUGCAGUCAAUCUCAGGCUUGCCAAGCGCCCCGAAGGCAGCCGCAGCACCCAGGCGCCAAACUGGCCAGCGCAAUGUCUUCAUCCAACUGGCGGGCGCCCAGAACUCUGGGAAGACGUCCUUGCUGGAAGCCCUCAUCGCCGAGCAUGACCCAGAGCAGCUGCCAAAGUUCAAUGAGCAGAAAUCGAAUUUCAUGGCACACCACCAAAUCCAGGUCGGAGACAAGCCAGUGAAAAUGUUGGACUGCUCGGGCAACGCCCGCGCUGCGCAUCUGGUCAAAGAGCGUUUUGCACGAUCAACUUGGGUUUUCAUUGUCUACGACCUGUCAAAGAAAGAGAGCCUGGACUACGCAGUCUCCCUCACCCACGAGGUGCAGGCAUCGGGCGCGAGGCCGCUUCUCUUUGGCAACAAGUACAACGUGGACAAAGGUGCUCAGAUCGAGGUGGACGUAGCCGCUGCCAAAGACGCUGCGGUGCGAGCCGAAGGCGUGGCCAUGGAAAGCUCCUUGCUGAUGGAGGCCGUCCAACUGGCCCUCAACAGCGAGGAGAUGUUGGAAAGCCAGAACCUGGAGCCCAUCUCUCCUGAUGGCAAGCGAAGUGCAAUCUCUUCAGCGAUCGACUCCGUGAAGUCCUGGUUCGGUGGUGAGCGAACUGGCAAGGGCAGCCAGGGUGUUUUGAGGCCGUCCUUGAAGGGGACAAAGGCCAUGAAGCAGGCCCGGAAGGAUGGCGACCCCAACGUAGACCUUCGCCCCGUUCAGGAGCUACAGGAUUCAGACUCUGCUGUGACAUGCAUCUGCUUCGGUCAAGAGCGUUUGCACAAGGCAUACGUGCUACUGGCCACGGCUUCCAAGGACGGAACGGUGGUGGUCUAUCGCUGCUAUCGCACGGAGAUGGAAAUUGCCAUGCUGUCGGAUCAAGAUUUUCCAACCGAUGACAGCACCUACUCCUAUCCUCCAGCCGAUCAUUCCAACAUCGCCGUGCACUCGAGACUGGUGGGCCAUUCUCGCGCCAUCACGUCGAUUUUUUUCAAUCUCUUGGAGGAUCAACUCGUGACCACCUCCAUCGACAAGUCAGUGCGGUUUUGGAGUAUUGAGAGUGGGGAGAUGCUCAAGGUCUUCACUGACAGCUCGCCUGUGCCUGUUGCAGCCUUCCUUCCCUUCAACCCCCAGGUCUUCGUGGCUGCCAACUCCAAUGCUGUGCUGCGUCUGGUCAAUGUCACUAACGGCAUGGUGCUCCAAAAGCUGAAGGUAGAGACAGAGGUUCGUGCCUUGAAGUUUGACGACACGGGCCUGUUCCUCUUGGCAGGCACCAAGAGUGGCAGCAUCCACGUGCUCGAGGCCUCAGAUGCCAACACGCUGAAGUUCAAGUUCAAGGUGAAUCUUGCACGGGGAGGCGUGACCUGCAUCACCUUCGUCCCGGCAGCCAACGGACAGCCGCCAUGCCUUCUGGUGAACACCUCGGACUGCUCGGCCACCAUUAUCGACUGUACCUAUGGCCCACCCAGCGGGGUCCUCAACAACCUGGCUGUGAGGCAUCGAGUCCGGGUAGCGCAUGAGCUCCUGCCGCUCAAGAAUUGCUACUCUCCCUCAGGCCAAGGUUACCUGAUCUCAGGGUCCGAAAACAAAGACGUCCACAUCUAUCCUCUCGGCAAAGGCUCCAACUACAAAAUGCAGCCCCUGAAGCAUCAUCAGGUGCCCGUAGUGGCUGUGGCCGUCAACAACCAGGACACGCUCCUCGCCAGCGCCGACUCGCUGGGGCGUAUCGUGCUCUGGCGACGCAUGGACUUCUCGCACCUCCCGGAUUGA